AUGAAAGGCCUUUCCAGUAGCCGGAGUCACCACCAUGUAGUCUCCUAUGACCAAUCAUAUGAUCCAUUGGGUCACCACGCUGAGCGCAAGUCAUAUUUGAUCAGCCAGAUGGAAAUGCCGGUGCCUGUUCCCAUGCCCCACCCUGCUGAGCUGCCCUACUACAACCCCCAGCACAUGCCAUACAUCCCAGAAAGCAGCAGCGUGGUCCCCUACGGAACCUUCCCCAGGAGGUGCCACUCUACCUCUUCCUCCUCCCACCAUCCCGAGAUGAAGGAUGUCUGCAUGGCUGUUGUGCCAUAUAUAGGAGGGGGUGAUGGAGGAGGAGGAGGAGGAGGCUACAGGGGUAAGAUGCCUACAUGGGUGCCGGUGAACUUUGCUGAUUCGUUUGAGCGUCAACCAGCAUUUUCCAGGGAUGGCUAUCAUACGCUGCAGUACAAGCGUGGUGCUCAGGGGCAUGGUGGUGCUAUGGGUGCCAGUAAUAACAACGACAGCCCAGGGAGGAUACGUCACCUGGUGCACUCAGUCCAGAAACUCUUCACGAAGUCCCACUCACUAGAGGGGCCACACCAAACACAGUUCUCCAAAGGAGGAGGUAACAAUAACAUGAAUGGCAACGGGGUUGGUGGUAAUGGUGGUGGGGUUGGUCAUCUGAGGAUCAGCCCAGAGGGUGAAACCCCACCGAUGGGAGUGCACCACCGGAAGCACAGCAAGAGUCGGGAGCGCUGCAGGUCAGCAGAACCCAAGCACCGCACCCCAGGCUCUGGGUACUGGAGCUCCGAUGACAACCUAGAGCGAGAGCUCUGCCUCUACCAGCCCCCCCACCACCAUCACCACUCCCCCUCCUCCCCCUCAUUGUCCCCCUCUCCCAUUGCCAUGACGAUGGGUCGCCACCCUGCCAGCAGCCCUGAUCCCAAGUUUCCCCAGCCCCCCCUCCCCAGCCUUCCCUCCUCACAGUCUCAGCAAUACUUCAUGAUGGACCCCUAUGGGAUGCUCACCUCCCGGAGCAACAACGAUGUGAAGUACACGGCUCUGAGUGCCGGCAGCAAUAACGGCAGUGGCUGUAUGGGUGGAGGAAGCCGCCCCUUGCUCCCGUUGGGCCUGGUGGAUGGGCCCAUGGUGAAGAAAGGGGCAUGGUCAUCAAGCCUAAUGGUGAGCAGGGCCCAAGAGCUCUACAACAACAACAGCCAAAGCCAACCCCGUACCGGUGCAGGACCCGGUAACCUAAACCUAGAUAGAGCGGUAGUCAAAUCUAAGGGCAGUCAGCAGCAGGAGCGCACAUGCCAUUUCCUACAGGUGCCUCAGGAUGAAUGGAGUGGGUUCUCCCCCCUGGGGAAAGAAGAGGACAUUCCCUGUCGGAGGAUGAGGAGUGGCAGCUAUGUGAAAGCCAUGGCUGAUGAUGACAGCGUUGACUCAGACGGGAGUCCCAAACCCUCACCAAAGGUCCAGGCACGGCGGGCCAGCUACCUGAAAGCCACACAGCCCUCGCUCACCGAGAUGACCACCCUCCAGAUUUCCACUGAGCAUUCCCCAAAGCUGCAGAUCCGGAGCCACAGCUACCUGCGUGCGGUGAGUGAGGUUUCAAUCAAUAGAAGCCUGGACACCCUGGACCCUAAAACUCUCCUCGACCCCAAAUCUUUGCUGUCCUCGCCCCAAUACCGUUCGCGCAAUGAAAGCUACAUGAGGGCCAUGAGCACCAUCAGUCAGGUGAGCGAGGUGGAAGUGAAUGGGCAGAUUGAGCAGCUGUGUGAGCAGGUCUACAGUGAGAUGCAGUCUCAGGCCAUGGACGCCACCAGGGACACCCUGCCCAUGCCAGGCUGCUUCCGCAUGCGCAGCCACAGCUACGUGAGGGCCAUCGACCAGGGCUGCUCAGGGGGUGAGGAAGAGGGGGAGGGAGGGAGUCCACUGCUCCUGCUGCCAGCCUCCCCGCCUCGUACCACCGCCACCACCGUCAGGACCAUCCAGAGCAGCACAGUGUCAUCUUGUAUUACCACCUAUAAGAAGACUCCUCCUCCAGUGCCACCCCGAACUUCAACCUGCUCAACAGCCUCCAAGCCAUACAUCUCUAUCACCGCCCAGAGCAGCACAGAGUCUGCACAGGAUGCGUACAUGGAAGGAGAGGGGCCCAGAGGUGACAUGACCCUCCAGUCAGGGCUCAGCAACUCCACAGAGAGCAUCGACAGCAUGAAGGCCCUGACAGCUGCCAUCGAGGCUGCCAACGCACAGAUUCAUGGUCCAGCCAGCCAUCAUGUCAGCCCCAACACCAUCACAGUCAGCAGCCCCAUGUCUGCAGCCCUCAACCCCCCCAUUGACCGCAGGAAGGAAGCUCUCAGGAAGGGGAACUGUCUCUCCGUAGGCAUUCAGGUGGAUGGGCCGCAGGAUGCUCUGGAUGCAGAAGACCCUUCUAAGUUCACCUCCGUAGGAGUCCAGGUGGAGGAUGACAGAGGGUACCGUCGCUUCCAGCGCUCUAACAGUGUGACAGCAGCAGUACAAGCAGAUCUGGACAUGCCAGACUUUCUGGACACACCACUGGACUCGCCAGACACGGACAUUGACAUGCCAUCCUCCGGGAACAUAUCUCGACAAUAUUCUCGAGACGCGGCCACCUCCACUGUUAGCAUCCAGGGCUCAGGGAACCACUACCAUGCCUGUGCUUCAGAUGACUAUGAGGAUGUGGGCUUUGACCCAUCGAUCCUGCCACCACCAGACCCUUGGAUAGACAGUGUCACCGAAGACCCACGGGAGGUGGUGCAACAAUCGGUUUGUCAGAGAGAUGGGCGCUGGUUCCUGAAACUACUCCAAGCUGAGAAAGACCGCAUGGAGGGUUGGUGUAGACAGAUGGAACUGGACCAACAGGAAAAUGACCUUCCAGAUGAUGUUCUUGGAAAGAUGAGGAGUGCGGUAGGAAGUGCUCAGCUGCUAAUGUCUCAGAAGUUCCAACAGUUCAAGGAGGUGUGUGAGGAGAACUUGAAUCCAGAUGCCCACCCAAGGCCUGUGGCCUCAGACCUGGCUGGUUUCUGGGACAUGCUCCAGCUGUCCAUUGAGAACAUCAGUCUCAAAUUUGAUGAGCUCCACCAACUCCGAGCCAACAACUGGAGACCCCUGGACCCCCCUGACAAAAAGGAGAGGCGACUUCCACCCCCAGUUCCAAAGAAGCCCCCUAAGGUCCCCCACCACCACCCACCCCUGGCCAGAGACAGGUCCCUGGAGAGCUCGGAAAAGCAGCGGCAGGAGGCGCGGAAGCGUCUGAUGGCUGCCAAGCGGGCGGCGUCCGUACGGCAGAACUCUGCCACGGAGAGCGCCGACAGCAUCGAGAUCUACAUCCCAGAGGCCCAGACCAGACUAUGA